UUCAAUGAUCGCGAACUGUUCUGCACCCGGUUGAUAUUUGCUUUCUAAACAAUUGAUUUCGCGCAUUUUUGGCCGUCUUAUUUUCUUGAUACUUUAUUUUCUAAAGGCGGGUUUAGGAGCUGAGUACAGCAGCAUUUUUUUCCUGCGUUUAUUUGUCAAAAAUUGCACUACCAAUCGACAAUCUUCGUGUUGCAGUUUGUAGCUUCGGCGAAUAUGCUAUGAGCCUCGAUCACUCCACUGAACAUGAUAGUUUCAAAAGCAGAGAACAAAAUAAUGAAACAGGAUUAGAAGAUAUCGAACCAAGUCUACCCGAUUCAAGAAAACUCACCCAGCCUCCUGCGGAAUACAUGGAUCUCAUAGAAGUCAACAAAGAUAAUAGAAAAGCACAAAGAACAGCUCCAGGUGCUGAUUAUGUGCCUCUUCAUCCGUUAACACGCUGCUGGGAAGUUCCAAGACAUCACGUGACCAUAGAAAAAAUUAUUGGUAAAGGUGCUUUUGGUCAGGUUGCCAAGGGAACAGCGGUAGGACUUAGAGGGAGUCCUGAAACGACUACAGUGGCUAUUAAAAUGCUGAAAACAAACGCUACUGAAUCGGACAAGAGAGAUUUGAUGUAAGAACUUGACACAAUGAAGCAGCUGAAACCACAUUCUUACGUCAUUAAACUUCUGGGAUGUGUUACAAAAUCUGGUAUGCUUUGGUUAUGCGGGUCUAAUUUUAUUGUGCACAUUUUGCUUAU